CGUAGUUUCUUUCCCCUUCUCUUCUUAGCGAGAUCGAUUCGUAAUAAACAAGAACGAGGGGUCCAUUGUCGCUCCCCUGCCCUGGUGGCCAAUAUCACUGUUACAGCGCGAGCACCCAAGAAGAGAAGUUCUACUUCACUUCAGUGGGCAUCAAAGGCUACCUAAAUCCCAAAUUAAUUAUUUAUUUACUUAUUUGACUGGCGAGCUUGCUGUUUGUGUUUGAUUCCUCCUGCCACAUCUGCUGGAUCAAGUGCAAGGUGUCUUUGCUGAUGCCUGACUCACAUCCACCAGCAGACCGUGCACCACUGAAGGACUGAGAGGCCUGGAGGACGGGCGGCGAGACAAGUCCCGUCUCUAUGGCCCAUCCAUAACCCCCUGAGCCAACCAGCUGCACGUCUACACGAAACAAGUCGCCCUAGUCUACCCAGCUCAUUGGUCCAAGCCAUGGCUAGCAAGCGGAAGUCCAGCACCCCCUGCAUGAUCCCGGUGAAGACCAUGCACAUGAGGGAUGAGGUGGAGCAAGACCUCUCUUGCUCUACCAGGGACCGGGACAGAGACAGCGCCUAUCCAUCCAGGGAGGGCGUGUACGGUCUCGGGUACCAAGACCUGGGCGAGCCCUCGCCGUCGUCCUCCAGGAACGAAUCCCAAGGUGCCUCCUCCCCGAAGGACGGGGGCACCUACACCUGCAGGCCGUGCAACUUCGAGACCCUGGACCUAAACCUCUUCCUGGACCACGUGUACAGCGGCCACCCCGAGUUCCGCUCGGACCCCAGCUUCCACUGCGUGGACUGCGGCGUGACGUCGGCCAAGUUUGAGGGCCUGGCGCUGCACAACGCCCGUGUGCACCCCAGCACCGUCACCACCACACUGCAGCUGCGGAAGAAGGACCGCAAGGUCACCGUGGAGCAGACCCUGGUACCCGGCCCCGGAGACGGCCUCAUCUCCAAGGAGUCGGAGAUCUCCAUCACCAAGACGCCCAUCAUGAGGAUGCUUAAGGGCAAAUCGGAGUCCAAGAGGAUAGUCAUCUCGCACUCCAUGGCAGACGACUCCAGACUGGAGGCCAUGUCCUCCACCUCCAGCAGCAAGGCCAUGGAGAAGAAAGACUCCCCCACUGUAACUGUUACACACGUGCCCACAAUCGUUCACAACGGCUCCACGAACAAAGUGACGAUACCGUCUGCCAUACAGAUCGUCAACGGCUCGGGCGCGCUGCCCAUCAUCAAGACGGCCGUCACACAGGUGGUGUCGGUGGUCCAGAACCGUGGUCUCAACCAGCAUCAGCAUUCGUCUCCCACCUCCAUCUCCCCUUCGUCAGUGUCCGCCACCUCCUCCUCUGGCAGCUCCAAGAACCUGCCCAAGGUCAUGAUCCCGCUGAGCAGCAUUCCCACGUACAACGCCUCCAUGGACAGCAGCAGCUUCCUGAAGACCUCCUUCAGCAAGUUCCCCUACCCCACCAAAGCCGAGCUCUGCUACCUGACGGUGGUCACCAAGUACCCCGAGGAGCAGAUCAAGAUUUGGUUCACGGCGCAGCGGCUGAAGCAGGGCAUCAGCUGGUCCCCCGAGGAGAUCGAGGAGGCCCGCCGGAAGAUGUUCAACACCAUCAUUCAGACAGCGCCCUCGUCUGGCCAUCAGCAGCAUCAACAAUCAGCACGGCAGCAGUCCCACCACCACAGCGCGGCGCAGCAGACCAUCACAGUCCUUCCCGCCUCACUGGGGGCCGCGGGCAUCCCUCACAUCCUCCAGGGCAGCCUGGUGGGCCAGGGAGGCGUGAUCGUCACGCAGCCCAUGAUGGCCAACGGCAUCCAGGUGAACAGCGCCCCAGUAGCCCUGGCCGUCACACCCAAGCCCCAGAGCGCUGCCAAGCCCAUGAUGCAAGCGAGGCCUGCUGCCGCCCUGGUGGCCGACAAGGGGGUCAGCAUGGUGGUGGGGACGGUGGGAAGCAGCAGCACCCUAAACUACACCUUCACCAGCAGCAGCAGCUCCAGGGGCUCAAACAGCGGUAUCAUCAGUAGCAGCAGCAGUUCCGGCAUCAGCAGCAACAUUGCAAGUAGCAGUCUGAAUAUCCUGUCUAGUGUCAUCAACGCAGCUGGUGCCCUCAGCGGUGCCACUCUCACCAGUGCCACGAGUAGCGGCAGCGGCAAAACUAUCAUCUGCAACAACAGGAACGCAAGCAGUCCCCUUAGCCUCACAACCAAAACCUGUAAUGCCAACAAAAGCACUGAAAAUGGCAAGAGCGUGGCAAAUGGCAACAAAAAAACGGCGCCCAGCCCACCGAUUGCUAAAACCAACCAAGAUGCAACCAAGGUGGGCAACAAUGGCAAGGAAGGCAGCAGCAAUAGCAGCACUGUGAAAAAUACUACAGACAGCAGAUCGUCCCCUGACAUUAAGAUUAGCACUGACAGUAACAGCAGUAAUGACAUCAAGAUGGACAUAAAGACAGAGAGCAGAAGCAAUGGUGCCAGCCCCAGCCCCGUUCCCAUCCCAUCCCCCUCCACAACUCCCAACACCAGUACAACCACCACCAGUGACACUGCGGCCUCUACAGCAACACCCACCACUGUCACAGCUAGCAACCUCAGCACUUCUGCUGGUGUGGCUGGCGGCGGCAGCAGCAAGAAAGGAGGAGACGGAUCAGCAAAAGCCGCUGCAGCCUCAUCGCCAUCCACCAGCAGCUCUCGCUCCGUCUCCAGCCCCAGCCUGCUGGACCCCAACAGCUUGCAGAAGAAGAAGUCCCAGGAGCAGCUGUUGGCCUUGAAGGAUAGCUUCCUGGUCAACCAGUUCCCCAACCAGGACGAGAUCAACCGCCUCACCAGCAUGACGGGCCUGACGGUGCGCGAAGUGCGCAAGUGGUUCAGCGACCGGCGCUACCACUUCAGGAACCUCAAGGGGCCACGGACGAGCACUGGCGGGGGGGACAAAGCUGCUGCUGCUGGGGACAAGAAAACCUCUGCUGACAGCAGCACCACCAUCACAACAACAACAACCACAACCACCACCACCGGUGCCACCGCUACAGGUUCUGGUGAGGGAAUCAGUUCUUCUGAAGCUCCAGUGCCAGCUCCAGCACCAGAGACACCUAAGACGCCCCCACCAACCCCCGUGAGCCCUCCCCAGCAGGAUAAGCAGACCACGUCGCCCACCACUCCCUCCAGGCGGCCGCCUCGGCCCCCGUCCCCCGACUUCACGGCCAUUCGCUACAAGGAGCGGGAGCCCCACCAGCUUGUUGCCUUGGAGGCCAGCUUCUCCGUGGACCCUGACCCCACAUCGGAGGAGGUGGACAAGCUGCGCCAGGAGACCAAGAUGACGCGGCGCGAGAUCCACGGCUGGUUCGCCGAGCGGAGGAAACGGGCCGCAGUGGAGAAGAAGAAAGAGGAGGCGGAAAGGGCGGAGAAGGAGGAGGUGGAGGCUGCCGCUGCUGCCAUGGAGGUUGGGGAGAAGAAGGUUGAGGGGGAGGAGAAAAUGGCGGUGGACGACCCAUCAGGAGAAAGCUCGUCAUCUUCAUCACAACAAGGUAAAGACGAGAAACAGAAGGAGGACGCCCCAAAGGUCAACCCCAUCAAGAUCAACCUGAAAAUGCUCAAAGUGACUGAAUCCAACGGGAAGGAGGGCGAGGCCAGCCAACCAAACCAGCUCCAAUCAGAUCCUCCAAAACUUGUGCCUGCUCCAACAUCGUCACCACCCCCCAUACCCACUUCCUCCACCCCUUACCGUGGCAAAAAGACGCCCGACCAGCUCCACGCGCUGAAGCAGGCCUUCGCUCGCACCCAGUGGCCGGGCAGCCCGCAAUACGACGAGCUGAUGGCCGUCACGGGCCUGCCAAGGCCUGAGGUGGUGCGCUGGUUCGGGGACUGCCGCUACGUGCUGAAGAACGGCCAGCUGAAGUGGCUGGAGAGCUACCAGAGCAUGGUGGAGGAGGAGGACUUCCACAAGGCCAACCUGGAGGUGCUGAAGGAGCACCUGGAGGCCCACGGCAAGCUGGAGGAGGCCCAGGUGAAGGAGCUGGCCAAGAGCAGCGGGCUGACGGAGGACCUGGUGCGCCGCUGGUUCACCAACCGGGCUCCUCUGUUGCUGGCGGCCAAGAAAGCAGAGGAGGACGGUGGGAAGACUGAGGCGGCCUCGACAUCCACAACAGAAACGGGAACGACAGAGGCGGUUUUGGAAGAGAAGGAGAUCAAGGAGAAGGAGAAGGAGAAAGAGGAAGAGGAAGAGAGGAAGAAGGACAAAGAGAAGGAGCCCAAGGAGAAAGAGGAGAGGAAGGAGGAGGAGGCAGCUCUGGGUGAGGCCCAGCAGGACCAAGGGAGCACGAGUGAGGAGAAGAGUGAAGGACUGCAGCCGUCGCCAAGCGGUGAUUCAGCCAAGGCGAAGGCAGAUGAAGACGAGACAAAGGCUGCAGAUUCAAAGACUGCAAGUUCAGAUCAAGGAGCAGACUGAGGAGGCAUGCAUCAGAGGCCUUGAUUGAAUGACUGAGUCCAACAGAGAGUUUGUCUGUGUGAGUGUAUGUGUGUGCGCGCGAGAGAGGGAGAGAGACCUAGAGAUCGGCCCGAGGGAUGUACAGCAUUGGCGGCCUUUUACCGGGAAAGACGGAGAGAGACCAAGAGUGUGCGUAUGUGUGUGAGAGCGUGUCAUGACAGCAGAUGUGAUUGUAAUGGGAUCGCUGGACAGAUUCAGACCCACCCAUCCAGUCAUAUACGCCCCCCCCCAACCCUCUCCUCUCCAGCUGAACGUGGGGAGGGGAGGCAGAGGGGAGGCGGGGGAGGAAUCGCCCCUCUGGGUCUGCUGAGGAAACCUGGGAAGGGAAGACAAAGGGAGGUGGGCUAAGAUGGCGCAUGUGGGAUGGACAGAGCAAAAAAAAAGAGGACUAAGGAGAAAAAAGGAAAUGAGAGGAGCAUCAUGUGGAACUGUACAGAUGUGGACCAGAGUUUUACCUGUUGUAUUAAGGGAGAGUUCUGUUUCUGGGAGAUGUGGUUAUGGGGUACGCAACGAUGUGAACUGCACAGCUCUUCAAUGGGCUUUUUUUCUGUUAUGUGAUAUUUUUUUGUUUCUUUGUUUUUAAAACCAUGACUGACAUAUGGAGCGCUGAAGACACAUGUAUCAAUAUUUCUUACGGUUUUAGCACUGGACUAUGGCACAUCCUAUAUGGUUGUUUUUUCCCUGUUUUUUUGUUUUUGUUUUGUUUUUCAUAAGAAAAUAAAACAUCUGUAAUAAAUAAAUAAAAAAAACACAGCUGUAAAAGUGUCAAAAAACAGUGUUUUGGUUCGUAAGGCUUGUAUAAUUUUUACAGAUAUUAUUUGCAGAAUAAAAAGGUUAACUUGA